AUGCUUCCAUCACUCGAUUUUAGCCUGACCAAUGCUGGUGCAGAGGCACGGGUUAAAAAACCUGGUUUUGAAUGUGUAUUCAAAUUUUCGGUCUACUCACGUUUGGCGGCUUAUUCAAAGACGGAGACAAAACCAUCAUCACCAAGGGUCUGGCCAAAGGUCCGCGUCUUCCUUGAGCAAUUAACAAAAGGUGCAGUUGUCGUGGAUAUCGGGUGUGGUGAAGGCAAGUAUCGAGUACCCGGCGGUGUUCUUCUGGGAGUAGACACUUGUGCGGAAUUGCUUGUCAAGGUCCCCCGAUGCGGCUCGGUUGAUUACGUUUUAGCUGAUGCGCUCGAGAUCCCAUUCCGAAAAGCAUCUGCGGAUGCUGCUUUAUGCGUGUCGGUGCUUCAUCAUUUUUCGACGGAAAGUAGACGACGGGAGGUUCUUCAACAGCUAGCAACGGUGCUUCGUCCAGGAGGCAAACUUCUCAUCUACGUUUGGGCGUAUGAGCAGCCAAACGGAGAGUUUCCUUCUCAGGAUGUGCUCGUUCCGUGGAAUCUACACGAGACAGCUGUAAAUGGCCGUCUGCCUCAAGUCCGUUUUCACAAAGAUUCGACGAAAGAGCAACGGAUAAUCCAGAGUUCGAUAGCGGUCAACAUUCAAGCAGAAGAAGCAAUCUCAUGCCCCUCGCCAUCUUGCUUUAACCCGACCCCUCGCAGUUCUUCUACAAUAUUGACUGGAAUCCGAAAAUGGAGUCCGAUGCUUGGCAAAAGGCUGGCUUCAUUGUUGAUUCCGAUCGAGGAACAAUUGGCUGAUGAGAUGACGCAAGAUAUUAUGCAAACAGCUUUACAGGAGACACUUGCUACGUUACGAAAAGUGACAUUUUACCGUUUCUACCACGUCUUCAAAAAGGGUGAACUGGAAACGUUGUUGUCUAGUGUUUCCGGACUGCGGGUGGUUUCAUCGCAAAUUGAGCACGGGAAUUGGUGCGUUGUGGCCGAGAAACUACCAGACGCGUCGAAAUUGCGAGUAAUA